GUUAUAUUUUCUAAAAAGUUAUUUUAUUGGUUUACUAAUGAGGCUAUUUUACUCUAUGGAGAGACUUUUUCAUCUUAUAAUGUCCAUUCUCUAAUACAUAUAGCUGAUGAUGUUUUAAAUCAUAAUAAGACUUUAAACGAGCUAUCUGCUUAUCCAUUUGAAAAUUACUUAGGAUGUUUAAAAAAAGUUGUGCACUCAGGAAGAUAUGCUAUAUCUCAGGCUGUCAAAAGAUUAGAGGAAAAAUUACAACUCAAUGAAAAUGUAACAACUCAAAAAAAAACAACUAAAAUUGGUACAGGGAAAAAAAAUAGUGUUUUUUUAAUUGCAAAAUCUGGGUUCACGAUUAUAACCAAAAAGCUUAGUGAAGAUAUGUACCUUGGAAGUUAAUUAUGGCGUUUUCAAAAGUAAAAUGGAUAGAACCACAUGCAAAUGGAUCUAGUAAAAUCCAGUAUGGGACGGUUCCAACAAACUGGAUUGAAAAAGAAGAAGGGCAAGAGUUUAUUCGUUGGCCUUGCAAUGCUAAAGAUGUAGAGCCGUACAUAAAGCGUUGCCAAAAUCCUGGCAUUAAUUGGUUGUUUUUUGUUUUAGUUCAACAUUUCGGGAGUGCAGACAGUUACAUAAAUUGUGAAUCAAUUAAAACAUGCUCAGAAUCUGAAUCUGACCACAAUUCGCAAUUGGGGAAAAGGAAAUACAACCAAAUAGAUUCAUUUGCCUAUCAAAAGCAAUCAGAAAAAAGAUUAGCUAAUGCAAGAAAAUCGAAAACAAAGAAAUUGAGUUAUAUAGACACAAGUGACGAUGAAGUCAGUUUUUCCAGUACACCAUUUCCAAAAUUAGACGAUGAUGGUUCUUCUUGUGUAUACUCAUACAACAAUUCAGCAACAAUUAGUUCCAGUGAAGGGUUAACUUGUGAAAAAAUAAUUAAAAAAGAAAUUGGUAAAAGUGCUGGGGAAACAAAUAAAGACUAUAUUUCUGAUCAGACUUUUAAACGAACAAUGUUAGCAGCAAUAGCACGUCUAGAAAAAAACUUCAAUGACUUUAAAGCCUCAUUUAAGCAGAAUGAUUUAAAAAUUUUAGUCAAACCGUUACAUCUAUCAAAACUGCAAUUUGAUGAAAUCUUGGAUCUGGAAGUUUUUCUUUCAGCUGAUAGUAAAAGAAAGGAUUCUGCAGUAGAAUCAUUAUGUAAUGUGGGUGGAAAAUCUACAAUAGAUAUUACAUACAAUGUUAUGAAAAAAGGGAUGAGUGACGAGGCUUCUAGCCACUUUAAUAUAAAAGGCAGUUCUCAGAAAAUCUCAUUUUGUGAAAAGUGCCCAAUAUUAUUUUCUGCUAUAAUUAAUGCCAUCAAAUUGCAAGACGAAUCAGCGAAAGAUAGCGAUAUAACAACCGCAAUAGGAAAGUGGCUACGUAUGCAUGGCACACUGUUUAAACGUCAAAUGACAGAAUAACAAUAAAAUAACAUCGUUUUGAUUGAAAAAAAUUUGAAAAUGCAGAAAA